AAUGACUUCAUCGGGGUGGAGCGCCGGGAUCCUGGAGAGGUGUCCGUCACAGCCAGGUAAUCCAGAAGCAAAGUUGUCUAAUUAAAAGGGGCCGGUAAACUGGCAGCUUUAACCUUCGCCCCCUCAGUGAAUUGUCAAGCUAUCUACUUUGGCCAGUUCCUGGGAUUUACCUACAUCUGGUGCAGAUGGAAACCAAGGAAGCUUUUGGAAAAGAGAACAUGGGGACCAAGAGAAAGAAUUUGACCUUUCUGAGACAGAGACUCUACAUGUUGGAGAGGAGGAAGACUGACACUGUUGUGGAGAGUAGUGUUGCUGUGGACCAUGGUAACUCGGGCCCCUUGAGAAGGAGCCAGUCUGACAGAACUGAAUACAACCAGAAACUGCAAGAAAAGAUGACACCACAAGCUGAGGCCUCGGCACCUGGGCCCACAGCCCAGGAUGAACAGCAGCAGAUAAGGAGAAUGAUGGCAAAGAGGUCGAACAUUAUCAAGGAGCUGAUACAGACGGAAAAGGACUAUCUCAAUGACCUGCAGCUAUGCAUUAGGGAGGUAGUUCAGCCCCUGAAAAACAAGCAGAUUGAUAGGUUUGAUGCGGAUGGCUUGUUUAGCAACAUCCAAUCGGUGCAUCAGAUAUCAGCCAAGCUCCUGUCAUUGCUGGAAGAAGCCACAACAGACGUGGAACCAGCCAUGCAAGUAAUCGGGGGAGUCUUCUUGCAGAUUAAGAGUCCGCUUGAAGACAUCUAUAAAAUCUACUGCUAUCACCAUGACGAAGCCCACACUAUGCUCGAGUCCUAUGAAAAGGAUGAAGAACUGAAACAGCAUAUGAGACACUGUAUCCAGUCCUUAAAGAAAAUAUACCUGGAAGAAGGCAAACCCAAUCUGCUGGAUAUGGGAUCCCUGCUCAUCAAGCCUGUUCAGCGGGUGAUGAAGUAUCCUUUACUGCUCUGUGAACUGCGGAACGCCACUCCUCCUUCACACCCAGAUUACAGAGAACUAGAGGAUGCCUUAGCUGCCGUGAAAGACAUUAAUGUGAACAUCAACGAACUUAAGAGGAGGAAAGAUUUGGUUCUGAAAUACAAGAAGAAUGAUGAAGACGAAUCCCUCAAAGACAAGUUUUCCAAACUGAAUAUCCAUUCAAUUAGCAAGAAAUCCAAAAGGGUGACUAAUCAUCUGAAGAUUUUGACCAGAGGAGAAUCUCAGGUGAAAGACAGCACUUUUAACAGAGAAGAAAAACUGUUUAGACAUUUAGAAAAGACUGUGAGGAAUUGUGUGAAGAACAUUUCAUUCUGCCUUCAACACAUCCAGGAUGCCAUGCCCUUAGCUGCCCAGACUGUGACAGAGCUGCAUGUUAUUUCAUAUGACAAAGAUGCUAAGGGCAGUGACUAUUCAGCUACCCUGAGCAAGGGCCCAAACCCCUGUGAAGACUUUGUGGCUCACUUACACCGGCUGGUCCUGACCCCACUGUCGGCCCUGCAGUCCUUAUUCCCGGGACCCCAGAAACUCAUCCAGAAGCGCUUUGACAAGCUGCUGGACUACAACGGCCACCUGCAGCGGGCUGCGGGUGACGACUCAGACCUGGCCAGGAAGGACUACGAAGCUCUUAACGCCCAGCUCGUGGAGGAGCUCCAGGUGUUCAACCAAGCUGGUCGGCAGGUGCUGCUGAACUGUCUCUGCUGUUUCAUCACCCUCCUCAGGGAUCUGAUGCUCAUGGGCCUGAAGCCUUAUUCCACAGGCAUGCCAUUAUCAUUGCUCCCAGCCAGCAUCAGCGAAGCUCAAAAUCGGGUAAUAGAAGAGGUUCAUAGCCUGAAUUUUGUGAAGGACAACAGUGCGACUUUUAUCGAACGGAAGCUAAGCUUUGAAAAGAAGAAACCUGUGCCCACUCUGUCGGAGAUGCCCCGUCAGACGGAAAACCACCGCUCCCAGCUUCUAGCAUCUUACAGCCUGGAGGCUCUCUACCAAGCAAAGCGCAGGUGUAAUGCUACACAGGAACAUGACAUUGACCUUCUGGAAGGCGACCUGGUGGCUGCCAUUGAGCAGAAGGAUCCCUUGGGCAGCACAAGCAGGUGGCUGGUUGACACUGGAAUCGCAAAAGGCUAUGUCUACUCGUCCUUCCUGAAGCCCUACAAUCCAGCCAAGCUGCACCAGGCAGAUGGGGAGCACAGGUUCUGUGAGGAGGACUUUGAUAACAUCAGCCUUUUUGUGUCUUCGUGGCCUGCCAGCCACAGCAUCCCACAAACCCGGGAAGAGAGCGUGAGUGACAGCAGCUCCUCUCUCAACGGCGUAUGUGGAAAACCUGAAGCCAAUGAGGCUGACACUGACUCUAUCCAGGAUGGAGAUGAGCAGAUAUUCUACGCAGUUCAUGCAUUUCAAGCCCGAAGCGAACACGAGCUCAGCCUCCAGGAAUACCAGCGGGUUCACAUUCUCCGAUUUUGUGAUCUGAGUGGCAAUAAGGAGUGGUGGCUAGCCGAAGCUCAAGGGCAGAAGGGAUAUGUGCCCGCCAACUAUCUGGGAAAGAUGACAUAUGCUUAAAAAGACAAGAGAACUGCUUCAGUUUUCUGUCAAGUCAAGUGAUCGACCAGCUACCUCUUACAUAUCGGACAUGAAGUUACCUGGCCAGGAAGGUGCAGCCGACACCGAAGGAGUAAUCACCCAGCUACCAAGACUGGUGCCUUGCCAGUUACUAAGGAGGCAAGAUUGGCUCAUUAGUGUGUCUGGAGGUGUAUCUGUGUUAAAGCAAAUUCUAAACCAAAAUUUAAUGGAAAAAAUGAAUGGACCCACCAACUCUUUGUAUUCAACUUCUUCAGGAACUUUUUUUUUUAACCAAACAGACUUCAUAGAAUAAUCUUAAGAAAGGAUCAAUAUGUCCUAUUGUAAUUUUGAAAGGCUGAAUCUACAUGAAGUAAGCUUUUCCCCAAACUAGAUUUCUAGCUAUAAAAGAGCCUAGAAAGCUCAUAGUCCAAUCUGCCUCAUUUGACAGAUGAGAAAACUGAGACCCAGAGAAGUAAGUUGUUCAAAAUCACAGAUGUUCGAAACUCCAGUCAAGAUUUGAGACCUGGUCCACUGUACCAUAUUGUUUAUCAAACCUAAAACACGUUUAUCUCCUCAGGGCUAUUGGGCAUAGUUAGGCUAUUAAAAAAAUUAGGGUAAAAUAGACCUGUCAACAAUCAAUAAAACAUCUUAGUAUAAAAGAUUUGAGGGAAAAGGAUGAAGCAUUAAAACACUGCCCAUACAAAGCAAAUGUAGUCAAAGGAUGCUUGAUGUCUUGUGAAUUACCAUACCUAGUGAAAAAGAACUAACAUUUACUCUAUAUGUACACACAUAUACACACAAAUAUAUUACCUAUAUACAAAUAUGCACACACACACACACAAACACACACACACUUUUUUUUUCAAAAUAAAAUACUAUUAGGACCCAACCUUUCAUAACAUUAACUGAGAGAAAGUAAUAGUUCUUAAGUUGGUUUCAUUGAACAUUUUUUUCCUAAUUACUUUGUAAAAGCAUUUUCAUCAUAUUCUUUCCUAUAACUAUUUAGAAUAUGAUGGCUUUAAAACUUUAAACUUAACUGAUGAAACCUCAGUAAAAAGCACUAGAGAAUUUGGAAAAAAACUUAAUUGAGCAAGAAAACAAAAUUGGUAUUAACUGGUCUGAACAAAGCCUUAAAUAUCAUUAUUUGCCCAUUUGUUCUUGUACAUAGUUGGUUUUGUAGAUUGUUUUUACUAUAAACAAUACGCUUGGUCAUUGGAUCUUAUCCAGUACAGUUGAAAGAACAUUAGCUCUGGAGUUAGAGGAGGGGGGUUCAAAUAUUACCUCUCUAGCUUGCUUACUACCUGUAUGACCUUGGGGUGGUCACUCAACUUUCCCAGGCCUCAGUUUCCUCAUGUAUAAAAUGAAGAGGUUAGUCUAAAUAGGCUCAGAUCACUUCCAACUCUAGGUCUAUAAUCAUAUGAUAAAUAGGUCUGUUCCUUGGGAUUUCAUCCCUAUUUGACCAAGGUAUUUCAUAGAAGUACUAAUGUAGGCUUUUGGAAAAUACACAAUUUCAAAAUCAAUUUAAAUUUGGCCAUUUAUUUAAUGCCUUUAUUUGACAUACAAUAAGAAGUUGCAUUGGCACCAAAAAUUUACUAAGUGAAUGUUAAUUUUCAAGAUUUGGAUGAUGCUAGCUCAAAAUUUUUUAGUGAGAUUCACUGGGACCACAAAAUCUACUUUAUCACAUAUAUGCUAACAUGUUUCAAGGGUCUGUAAUUUUGUCAACAUGGGUCCUCAUUCCAUUGACCCAAAAUGGACCUCUGAGAGCAGCUGUGAUCGUAAAACUCAUCUUCUUGCAAUCAGCCCAGCCCUGAGUCUUUUUGAACUCAGUUACAUUGGCCUUCAGAUGACAACUGCAUCUGGAGUCUUUCAAGCUUGGUAGGACUUGACUGAACUUAUGCUCUAUUAGCAUGGCCUUUGAGAAGCCUGGGUCACAUUCAUGACACAAUAAGGCAUCGUGGGCUAAUUUGGUUGAGGUGCAAACGUAAAGAUCCACAAAGCAAAAUGAAAAAUGCUGUUAUUCCAAGAUUAGUUGUAACCACAGUUAGUUAUCAUGAAAAUCCUGGAAUUUCUUGGUGUGCAUUGAACAUCUCAAUCUAAUGUUUAUAUUCAUACAAUUUUAGAGGGUUAUAUUAUUAGAAUAUUUUGCUAUUUGCUUGAGGUCACUUGUAUAUUAUAUAAUAGUAUCUAUUUUUUUUUUAAAUUGAGAUUAAGUACCAAAAAGAGAUAGUCUUCUUGAAGUGAAAGCAAGCCUUUUGCACUACCACAUGAUUGAAUAAAUAUGAUUUCUCCUUGACUUUCAAGGUUAUUUAAAUUCGGGAAUGCCUGAGAAAAAAGGUAUGGUGAACAUUUCAGUAAUUGCCACUUCAUUCUAACUUGGGGUGCAGCAUGGUGCUGUGGGGAAAGUGCUGAACUUGGAGUCAGAUGACUCGAGUUCCAAAUCCCAAUUCUGCCAGUUAAUAAUUGUGUGACCUUGGGCAAAUCACUUAACCUCUCUAGGCCUCAGUUUCCUCAUCUGUAAAGGGAGGGAACUGGAUUAGAUGUUAUCUGGGGUCCCCUUUGAGCUCCAGAGUUAGGAUCCUAAUAUCCAAGCAAAUCCUGAAGAUAUUCACCUAUAUAUGUGUAAAUGUAUAUACAUAUACAUAUAUACGUACACAUACAUAUAUAUGUUGUGUGAGUGUAUGUUUGUAAGAUAUGAGUUUCCUUGUGUUCUAUCCCUUUAAAAGUUAGUUGUGAAUUUAGACCUACAAAUGAAUGAAUUGUUGUGUGAGGAGGAGCAUUUUUGCAAAUGUCUGGAAUAAGAAAAUAGCUUUGCCUAUUCACGUGGUCCAAGGAUUGAAGCUUAUUGCAGACCCUUGGAAGUCUCACAGGUAAAGCAUCCAAGCGGCAGAGUAUGGCUGAUCAAAUACUUGAAUGAAGCCAUGGAUGUCACGUUUUCCACUAUCCUCACCAACACAUACAUUUAUUAAACCAUUGAUAGAAUCCUAGCAUGCUAGGAUUAGAGGUCAUGUGAUUCAACUCUUACUUGAAGCAUGAAUCCUUGAUAUAAACAAAAACAAGUCUUUACAAGAUUUGGGUUUCAAUAGUUAACUAGUUUUAGUUGUAUUUCAAAGAAUACCCCAAUUUUCUCUUCAUAGUCUUAAAAGUCAACCAGCAAAUAAGGCAGCUAGGUGGAGCCAUAAUGCACAGAAUACUGGUCCUGGAGUC